ACGAUGGGUGCAGGCUUCGAGGUUUGAAGCUGCAGGUAGACGGCGAUUGGUUGUGAAAGAUUAUGACGUUCCGCCCCCCUUGGGCGCUAUAUAGAAGCGAAAAGGAAGGAGCGCUCAAACAGAAUCCACAAAGCGGAGUUCUGCAACGAACGGGCGAGAGAGAGAGAGAGAGAGAGAGAGAGAGGGCUAAGUGGCCGGCUGUAGAGUCACCGAGUGAUAUGAGUGUGAGGAGAAGGGAGAGCUGCUGGCAUUAUGUGCAGCGCCGCUGAGAAUGGGCUCGCAGGAGAGUAGCUCAGAGAGCAGUGUCUAUUUCCCACUGAGCCCCUACAUGCUGAACAGCAGCGCAGCUCCGGGGAGCGAGAGCGCGGUCACCCGCAAGGAGCUGAGCCCGGCCUGGAAGAUCAUUGUCAGUAUCGUCAUGUCGGUCAUGGUGCUGGUGAUCGUGUUCGGUAAUGUGCUGGUGAUCACGGCAAUUGCCCGCUUCCAGCGGCUGCAGACGGUCACCAACUAUUUCAUCACGUCGCUGGCCUGUGCAGACUUGGUGAUGGGGCUGAUCGUUGUCCCGUUCGGUGGGGUCCGCAGUAUCACCGGCGUCUGGUACUUUGAAAACUUCUGGUGCGACUUCUGGACCUCGCUGGAUGUUCUGUGCGUGACGGCGAGUAUUGGCACCCUGUGUGUGAUCGCCCUGGACCGCUACCUGGCCAUUACCUCGCCUUUCCGCUACCAAACGCUGCUGACCAAGUGCAAAGCGCGGCUGGUGGUGCUCCUAGUGUGGAUGGUAGCGGCUCUCACUUCCUUCCUGCCCAUCUACAUGGGCUGGUGGAGGCUGGAUGACCCGGACUCCCAGAAAUGUUACACCGACCCCAGGUGUUGCGAGUUCCUCACCAACAAAGAGUUCGCCAUCUCCUCUUCCAUUGUAUCCUUCUACCUGCCCCUGCUCGUCAUGGUCUUCCUCUAUACCCGGGUCUUUCAGGAAGCCAGGCAGCAGCUGAAGAAGAUCAACAAGUACCAGGGUCGCUUCCACAAUCUCAACAACAACUUGAACCAGCCUGCCCCUUCUGUGAAUGGCAAAGCUGCCAAACAGGGGCAGAAAAGGACGCCCAGGUUUCUCAAUCUGAAGGAGCACAAAGCUCUGAAGACGCUGGGGAUUAUAAUGGGCGUCUUCACCCUCUGCUGGCUGCCCUUCUUCGUGGUGAAUAUCGUCAAUGUCAUUUUUAAGGACAGCAUCUCCAACACCGUGUUCAUUUUCCUGAACUGGGUGGGCUAUUCCAACUCGGCCUUUAACCCGCUCAUAUACUGCCGCAGUUCGGAUUUCAGGCAUGCCUUCAAGACGGUGCUGUGGGGCUGCCGGGGCUCGCUGCCGUCCACCCACCACAGCAGUUAUCCCAAUGACAACCCCGUGCCGAGCGAGGAUCGCCUGACGAACGGUCUGCCCUGCAGCUUCGAAGGAGCGGCGCCCGCAGCUGCGAACUGCAGCCCCCAGCCCGAUGGCAAUGAACACAGGCUCCUAGAUUCGGUCAUAUAGCGGCGGCUAACCGACACCCACACAACUAGUGGAACUCAGCAACAGGGGGCACACGAACUUGACACUGAGUAAGACGAGAUGUUCCAGCUCGAUUCCGCUUGUACUUUUCAUGCAUUCGCCUACCUCAUAACUCAGUGAACGCAAUGCAAGGACGUUGUGGUGAAAGUGUGUGAACCCCCAGCCCGCCCCGCGGGAGAUGUAAGCCAGCUCAGUAAAACAGAAGGACAAUUCUUGAAUGUUGCUACAUGAGCAUUAACGGAGUGUUUAAAUGUUUACAACUCGCAUGACGCCUAUUAUAUAAAGGCCAUGUCGACCUUACUGAAAGCAUUUUUGCGCCCUCUUUACCCCCUUGGAUGCUCACUGGCACACCAUUUUAGAAGGGAUUGUGAUCUAUAUCACAAAACAUCAGGCGAUUUAUUCGGCUGAAGAAGGGAUCUCAAAGAAGGAUUGUUGAGUGCAGUUGCUGGAAACAUUGGAGUCAAAUAGUCAGUACAGUAGCUGUUAGACAGUGAGAAAAGAGAUGUGCAUUGCGGUCACUAAGUAGCGAGAUCGCCCAACUUCCUCCCAACAAAGAGAAAUGAGUGGGAUGUCUGUAUAUGAGGAGGAGGAAGGGUCCAGUCUAUCCGAUUUCUCAAAGUUAGAUGUCCAACGGGUUUGCAACUGCGUGCGCGCAGUUCGAGUUAGGAAACACCCCACCCCUUCCCAUUCCUCAUCCACGCAUUUUCAUAAAAUAGAAAACAAACGUGUGUGCUCAUUUGCCGGCGCGUUCACAUUUUGUGUCUGUACUUGUACUGUGGUGUGUUCGUUGUGACCUUUAAGUGCGUAACUGUAUUUUGCAAUGUUGCACUUUUUCGAGUCAAACAGUGCUGAAGCUCAGUCUAGGCCCGAAACGUCAGCUUUUGUGCUCCUGAGAUGCUGCUUGGCCUGCUGUGUUCAUCCAGCCUCACAUUUUAUUAUCUUGGAAUUCUCCAGCAUCUGCAGUUCCCAUUAUCGCUGUAGCUCUUCUGGACGUUUCUCUUUGCAAUGAAGGUGAGGCUUGUCGUUUUCCAUUCCCCGCCCCCCAUACGUUUCGCAGAUAGAGACUGCGUGGUUUCACGUGAAUAAGUGUCGAACAACAACAAGAAAAACUUUUUUUAAUAGUAAAUAAUUACCUUGUACCAAUGUCAGUCAAAAGCUAUCCUACUGAAAUGUUAACCUGAGCUUUCUGUGGCAUUGUCUAGUUCCUGAGUCCGGGUAUUGGAAUUUUCCUGUACGCCAACGCUUGGAGCGGAUCUUUGUGGGAUUAUGUGCAAUAAAUGCUCGUGAUUUCGGCGCUGAA